GCUGCCACUUACAUUUGUUUAAUUAAAUGACAUUAUGGAUGGUUUAAUUCACGCGGCACUGGAAGCAGAGGUUAUACUAAACCGGGCCAAAAAUGUGAAUUCAAGUUUAUCACAAUUUGACAGUGGUGUUCCAGACCACAAAAUGACUUGGACCCAUGAUAAAAUGCAUCUAGCAGAGUCAGUUGAUGAGUCGAGGAUGAAGUUUCAGCGAAACUCGUCGUCUUCGAAGAGUAGAGAGAAAUUUGAUUUAUUUAAAAAGUUGCAUGAAUUGUAUAAUGAACUGAGUAGGGAUGAAGCAUCACAGGUCAAUUAUCAAGGGCUUAAGACAACCUCAUAUUUAUUGGAAAAGUUGCUAGCUACGUACAACCUGAAUACGUUAAUAAUAAAUCUUUAUCCAGGUAAUAAGGGAUACUCUCUCUCGCUGAAAGUCAACGGUAACACACAGUACAUAAACCCACCAGAUGCUAAUACCUCAUCAAGUCAAGAGGAAACCUUAAUAGAGACUCCAAGAUGGCCUUAUGAAGAAGAAGAAUUACUCAGCUACAUUGACAAUGAAGAGUUGCCUGUGGUACUACUGGACCUAUUGGAGUCAGAGCACUCCUGUCUGUUCUACUCUGGUUGCAUAAUAGCACAAAUUAGAGAUUACCGACAGGCCUACCCUAGCUUCGUUUGCGAUACCCAUCAUGUUUUGCUUAGGCCUACUAAUCAGAGCAUAAUAACAGACGCCAUGUGUAUCGGUGGACGGUGUGGCUGGGCAGGCGAAGAACGCGGAGCUUUAGAAGCCGUUGAAGCGGCGCUAGUACAUGCAGCUGCUCCACCAUUGUGUCUAGACCCGCGUCCGGCAGUCGGCCUCUUGGCAGCAAGGUUACACGCUGUACCGAGACUGUUUAACACCCCACGUAUUAGACGGCAGGCAAGGAGAUUCUCACAGGUUGCUGUAAAUAGAAAAAGGAAGCUAGAUCAAUUCACGCAUUAUCACGGAUUGGAGUUGUUAGAAUUAAUACACCGGCAAAGGGCUAAGAAUAGUCGCCAGUCAGUUCCUCAUACGCGACUGACGUCUAAAUAUCCCAAAAAGCCACCAGAGGUGUUCAAGCCAAUAGAGCCCCCCAAAAUGGAGCCAUUACCGUUAGCCCUACCUUCUGAACCAAGUGGACCUCUCCGAUUGGCACGGGCGUACGAACGCCCAAGACCUACCCCUGAUUGCCAACCGCAGUUAGUCGAAGAAUACAUCCUCGAAACCGAGAAGACAUCUCCUCAUGCAGGCGCCGGCUUCUUCCACAUAAAACUGUCGAUAUUACAACGGCCAUCCGAUCAAGAGUUCUUAGGGGAGCUUUACGUGGAUAGAGAUCAUGUUGAAGGCGAAAGGAAUGGUGCUGCUUGUCGGUUUACUUUAGGAUCAAGACUGCAAGCUAACAAAUACAUACAACAGUUUACGGAAAUAUUCACGGAAGAAGGUCGAAAAUCGGUCCGGAUAAAGCAUAUCGUUCCGGGACAGCUGCCUAGGGUCUCAUUCACUGGUGGAAUGAGGGAAAUGGCGCAAUUACAGCAAGUGGGUAACGUCGGUGGCGUGGCGACAGUCGGUAACGUCGUGGGCAAUGUGGUUAGUAGCGUGGGAAGCGUCGGUAGCGUCGGCAGCGUCGGCAGCGUGGGCAGCGUUGGCAGUGUUGGCAGCGUCGGCUCUGCAGAUACUGCGUUGAAGCAGCAACCAUCACCUACUCCUAGGCUAUCUCCACAGGUACACGAUAUUCAUUCAACGCAGGCGUCGACGAACCAGCUGCUAACGCAACAGUUGACCAAUCCGCCGCAGCCGCUUAACCCGCAGAAAAUGCAGUCCGCAAUCAUUCAUAUACAGCACCCUCUUAUGUCCAGUGCUGGAACUUCACAGGUACAAAAUAUCCAGUAUACAAACACAUCGACGACUCAGCAGAAAGCUACCAUUACUAAACCGAGGACAACGAAUCCGGCAAUCAGUGCACUUGUUACCAGUCUUAUGAAUUCUGCUCAACAGUUUCAACAAGCGGCACAAAACCAGAACGCAGCAAAAGCAGUAGUGAGUACAGCGAGCCAGAGUCAGAACGCGACGAUAUUGAAUCUUCUGAACAGUGCGCCUGCGGCCAUGACACACGCGUCGUCGACUGCAGAUGCUACUAUGGACGCGCACAAGUUAUUAGGGCGAACCGUGUCGAUAGCUGGCGCACGACUUAUUACUACCACUGCUACGCACACUAUACCCACGUAUACGCAUCAGGUGAUGACAGGCUACACGCGCGAUACGAAUGAGUCGACGAACGUAUCGAGCAGCGAGAGUGCUCUACUGGAGAGGUUAAUGGGUCCUGACAGUAAUACGACCAGCAAUCAGCAGCAGCAGCAGCAGCAGCCGCAGCAGCAGCAGCAACCUCAGCAGGCACAGCCCGUUUGCCAUUUACAGGGUCUCAGUCUUACAUCCUUGCAAGGUCUCCAAGGUAUCCAAGGACUGCAAAACGUUCAAGUGCAGAUACCAGGGCUGUCAGCGCCCAUAUCGUUAUCGUUGAACGUGUCUGGGGCACCUAGUGGACUGCUCGUUUCUGUGCCUCCGACGACAUCCGUGGUGCUCACGAAUCAACCUUCGGUGCUCUCUUUGCCUAUUGCGCAGUUGAUGUCGGGCGGCGUGAAGGGCGCGGUGCGCGGUGGCGCCGUGCAGGUAGUGCGGGGCGCGGGGGGCGCGAGACCGCGUGCGCCCCCACCCCGCGCCGCGUCGCGCCCUAACUUGCCCCCGCACGCGCCUCACCCACCCGCGCCGCACAUAGCCGGGCUACAGCCUCCUAGCACGGGAACAACCCAGUUCAUUACUCAAACGCAAGCGCAAGCGCUGAACGCUCACCAGGUGCGACGGAAGUCGAACACGGACAGUUCAUAGUAAUUACUCAAUACGAGCACCCCACUGCCGAGUUAGUGUAAUGUAUACAUACUUGUGUAGUAGUUAAAAUUUAUUAUAUAGUGCGGGGAUGGCCGCUCGGGCGCCUAGUGCAAUAUGCGGUCUGAACUGCUGCUGCUGAGUUUAUACGAUUACUGUUGCCGUCGUCUUCUCCUGGUAAGUUAUACUUAAUUUUAAUCUUAAUCGUAUAUUUAAGACCGCACGUAUAUUGCAGUUUCUUAUGCAUGUAAUUUAAGAGUAUGUACACACGAUUGAAUACGCACACGAA